UUUCUGAGUUUGAUAGACAACAAUGGGUUCCUGGUGUUUUGAACGGGUUGAUGGGUCGCUCUACGUUAUGAUAGAUGGAGAAGAACGUGGUGAGGUCAAGUCGUUGAAGAUUGGCAAGAAGUUGACUACAAUCAAGAUAAUCUUGGCAAGUAAGCAAGAGUUAUCCUUGGGUGUAGACCUGUUUGAUGAUGAAGGCUCAGAGGUUUGCAGAAGUAUGACACCUUUGAAGAAGAGUAAAGUUGAGCCAUUCUGUGUGUCUAGAACAAAGUUUGUGGAGCGUUGGAGUAAAUACGUGUCUAAUUCGCCUGUGGACAAUGAUUCAGGGGAAGAUCUGUCUAGUAGUGGAAUAGAGUCAGAAGAUGAUAGAAGAUAUAGCAGCUCUGGUCAUCAGUCUAGCAGCACAGACUCUGAUGGUGUUUCAGUUAUGGAAUGUGCUAGUCGUUCAGAGAAGAAGGAAGAAAAUGGUGUUGCAGGACUUCAAGACAAGAUAUUGAGGGAGAGCUUCCUAGGUACAUUUGAUGUGCAUGUUAACAAUCUGACAGCACCACACCCAUCCAGAGCUACAAGAAUGCUACAUCAUGAUCAUGUAGGAUCCCUCACAGAGUCAUUCCAGGAUCAGGACUGUGGGCAACUUGUUAUACUGAUUGGUAUGUUGACGUCUGAUCAAGUACAAACAGACAGUUUGGCAGAAGAAGACACAGCCACCGUUGAAGUUUUAGGGGGCAACCACACCCGUCAGGCCUUGCAGUCCUUGUUCCUGAAAGGGUUGUUGACAAGCCACACAGUCAAGGUAAACUUGUAUAAGCCCUUGCCAUUGACAGCAGCACUUGCCAUCGGCUAUCAGCACAAUGCCUUACUACAUGAAAGGAAAAGACCCCUGAACUUCAUGGACAAAGUUCGUCUAAUGAGGCAGUGCAGACCAGCAGUUCAGAUGUCCAAAAGUCAACUGAAUGAGUGGAAGGACAUGUUGGUUACCGUCUUUCGUGCCAAGGUAAUAUUUCAUUCUUUUUUUGCAAUGUUAUAUAAAUUUUCUAUCUUUUUUUUUAAACUCAUCUGAACCAAAGUCUUACGUUAGCCAAUGGGAUGAUGCUGCAUCCAUCGUUUGUCAUCCAGUGUUAACUUGCUGCAGAAUUUUCAAUUUAGUUGGAUUGAUACUCAGUUAUGGGCAAUUUCAUGUUUUUUUCCAGAUUGGAAAUAAGUUGCUGUAUAAACAAAUAUAUAUCCUUGUUUCAUAAAUUACAUUUUAUCAUGAUAUUUUCAACUUCAAUAUGUUGUAAAUAUGUGCCUCAAAAUGUAUGCAACGUUUGAGUACAUUUUACCAUGCAGCAAUUUUUAAAUCUUCAAAAUUGUACCUUUGUUCACAUGUUUUUAGCUGGACUAUACGAAGUUUAUGGAGAGCUA